UUAUUGAUGGCAAUUUUCAAUGGACCCGAGAAUGAAAAGUAAAAGCAUCCAAAAAUGGAGUAGAAUCCAAAUUGCAGAGAGGAGGAGGGAGAGAUUGUCUGAUAUGGUGUGGAGGUGACCUCAUCUGUUUUGGUGAGAAAAUAAAGGCAGUGAAGAAAUAAAGAACAAGACCAAAAAUAAAGGAUGUGAAAAGAUAUAAAGAACAAACCACUAGUCAUCCUCAACAUCUGACAGCACAUAAUAUUGUUUGUUUUUGCUGAAAGAUUGUAGACAGAGAGAGCCCCUCAUCGACUCUUCUCUUCACCAGGAGCGAAGCCGAAUUGAAGUUGAAACUUGAAAUUCAUGCCAAACGCAACGCAAGCUCCUCACACCUUAUCGUGAUUCGUGCCCACCGUUUUAGGGUUCCAUAACUUAUUGCUUGCCAUUGAUCCAUGGCAUUGCUUCGCAAAUUGUUCUAUCGUAAGCCGCCUGAUGGGCUCCUCGAGAUCUGUGAUAGAGUUCACGUUUUUGACUGCUGCUUUACUACUGAUGCUUGGGAAGAAGAAAACUAUAAAGUUUACAUCAGAGGCAUAGUUGGUCAACUUCGAGAUCACAUUCCUGAUGCGUCAAUCUUGGUGUUCAAUUUCCAUGAAGGAGAGGGACAAAGCCAGAUUGCUAACUUUUUGUCUGAUUUUGACAUGACCAUAAUGGACUACCCUCGUCACUAUGAAGGCUGCCCGUUACUCACAAUGGAGGUGAUCCACCAUUUUCUGAGAUCAAGUGAAAGCUGGCUCUCACUUGGACCAAAUAAUUUGCUGCUAAUGCACUGUGAACGGGGUGGUUGGCCAAUUUUGGCAUUCAUGCUUGCUGCACUCCUGAUAUACCGGAAACACUACACUGGGGAGCAGAAAACUCUGGAGAUGAUCUACAAGCAGUCUCCUUGCGAGCUUUUACAGUGUCUGUCUCCACUGAAUCCAGUUCCUUCUCAACUGAGGUAUCUACAGUAUAUCUCAAGGAGAAAUAUGGCAUCAGAAUGGCCUCCAUUGGAUAGGGCACUCACCUUGGAUUGCGUCAUUAUUAGAUUAGUUCCUGAUUUUGAUGGAGAGAGGGGUUGCCGUCCAAUAUUUCGGAUAUAUGGACAAGAUCCAUUCCUUGUUGCUGAUCGGACUCCCAAAUUGUUGUUUUCAACACCCAAAAAAAGUAAAACUAUUCGACACUACAAGCAGGAGGAAUGUGAACUAGUUAAAAUUGACAUCAAUUGCCAUAUUCAAGGAGAUGUUGUGCUCGAGUGUAUUAACUUGAAUGAUGACACAGAAUAUGAGGAAAUGAUAUUUCGGCUCAUGUUUAACACAGCUUUUAUAAGGUCAAAUAUUUUAAUGCUUAAUCGUGAUGAAAUCGAUAUAUUGUGGAAUGCUAAGGAUCAAUUUCCAAAGGAUUUUAGAGCAGAGGUUCUUUUUUCAGAUAUGGAUGCUGCUGCUUCUGUUGUUACAGUGGAUUUGUCUUGCUUUGAGGAGAAGGAUGGACUUCCAGUGGAAGCAUUUGCCAAAGUUCAUGAAAUUUUUAGCCAUGUGGAUUGGCUAGAUCCAAAAACAGAUGCUGCUUUAAAUGUGCUUCAACAAAUAACCGCAUCAAAUGUUGUCCAAGGAAGGGUAGAAACUGAUUCCCCUGGGAGCGUAGAAACUAGCACUUCAUUGCAGGAAUUAAUUACUGAAAAGGUUCAGGGGAAACAGAAGCCAGCAUCUUCAGAGGAUAAUGCUGAGAAAUUUUCAUCCUUUGCUCUAGAGAAUAAGCAUUUCCUCUCACAAAAACCAUCUGAAGGUGCAGAUGUGAAUGAAAGGAAGGCUGAGCCUCAACUUCAGGAGAGACAACAGACUGCAGCAAUGGAAAGAGAAACUAUGAACUCCACAACCUUCAGUAUAAAGAGUGAUUCUGGGUCCUCAUCAGAGCCAUCUACAUUUGCAGACAUGAGUAAGAAGAAGCCUGUGUCAAGAUACCAUAGUUCAUCCUCAGCAACCGGCAUUACGCCUCUGUUUCCUGAAUAUAUCUCAUCAGACCCAAGCCUAGAUUUUUCAGAUGCGCAUAAAUCUGUGGAGCAGAAAGGUGUUUCGAUUUCACCACCAACACCACUAGGUCCACACCAACCGCUUCCAAUUCAACCAACCUUGACAGCCAGUGCUACAAAAACUCUUGCUUCUCCUCCACCACCUCCUCCUCCACCACCACCACCACCAGUACCACAGCAGCUGCCACAGCUACCUCCUCAUCAAUUUUCAGCUUCCAAAUCAACACACCUUACACUUGCCAAACAAUCUGAAAAAUAUUUACUAGGUAGAGAUCAGUCAUCAUUGGUUCCUCCACUUCCUGCACCUGAGACUCCAGUUGCAAGUACCAGUUUUCAUGAAUCAUCAUCUAAUUCCACUUCCCCCUCUCCAGCUCUUAUCAUUACUUCAUCAACACUGCCUCCCCCUCCCCCUCCCCCUCCACCUUUGAAGAAAAACCUAUCUACUAGAGCUGUACCACCUCCACCUCCUUCUCACUCUGGAAAAACUACAUCCCCAGUGCCACCACCACCCCCUCCUGCCCCAGCAUUUUCAUCUAAAUUUAACCCUGCAUUGGAGGAUUCUUCACAUGUUCCUGCUGUACCUCCUCCGCCUGCAACUUUUUCCAAAGAGGUCUCAAAGAUGGAUGCUAUUUCUCCAGUGUCUUGUUCUGCUUCUGGAUAUCCAGCCCCACCAGCACCUUGUGGUUAUCCUGCUAUUUCAAAUGGACGAAAUAUGUCACGUACUAUAAGUUCAAGGAAUUAUCAGACCAAAAAACUGAAGCCACUGCAUUGGUUAAAGUUAACAAGGGCAGUGUCAGGAAGCUUAUGGGCUGAGACACAAAAAUCUGGUGAAGCUUCCAAGGCUCCAGAGAUUGACAUGUCAGAGCUUGAGAGCCUUUUCUCUGCAGCAGCUCCAAAAUCAGAUCAUGGGAACUCUGGUGGGAAAUCAAAUUUGCGUGCCCCAGCUGGGUCUAAAUUUGACAAAGUGCAACUGAUUGAACACAGGAGAGCCUACAAUUGUGAAAUCAUGCUUUCGAAGGUGAAGGUGCCAUUGCAUGAAUUAAUGAGUUCAGUGCUUGCUUUAGAGGAUUCAGCCUUAGAUGUUGAUCAGGUUGAUAACCUCAUAAAGUUUUGUCCAACAAAAGACGAGAUCGAACUACUUAAGGGCUACAAGGGAGAAAAGGAAAAGUUAGGAAAAUGUGAACAGUUCUUGUUAGAGUUGAUGCAAGUACCACGAGUAGAAACUAAGCUCAGAGUUUUCUCAUUUAAAAUACAGUUUCCUUCCCUGGUUUCUUAUCUUAGAACAAGCCUAAAUGUUGUAAAUUCUGCAGCAGAAGAGAUAAAAAACUCUGUGAAAUUGAAAAGAAUCAUGCAGACAAUCCUUCAAUUAGGAAAUGCUUUGAACCAGGGAACUUCUAGAGGCUCUGCUAUUGGAUUUAGGUUGGAUAGCCUUCUCAAAAUUGCUGAUACACGCGCCCGGAACAAAAAGACAACUCUCAUGCAUUACCUUUGUAAGGUGCUUGCUGAUAAACUACCAGAAGUUUUAGAUUUUUCUAAAGACCUUGCCAGCUUGGAACCUGCAUCAAAGAGACAACUGAAAUUUUUGGCAGAGGAAAUGCAAGCGAUUAGCAAAGGAUUGGAGAAAGUUAUGCAGGAACUGUCCAGCUCCGAAAAUGAUGGUCCUAUAUCUGAAAAUUUCUGUAAGACUCUGAAGAAGUUCCUUCAUUUUGCUGAAACUGAAGUGAGAUCUUUGGCUUCAUUGUACUCUGGGGUGGGUAGGAAUGUGGAUGCACUGAUUCUUUUUGGUGAAGAUCCAGCUCGCUGCCCAUUUGAACAAGUUAUUUCAACUCUACUCGACUUUGUGAGGAUGUUCAACCAAGCCCAUCAACAAAACUGCAAGGACCUUGAGCUAAAAAAGAAACAAGAAAGUCAAGGAAUUGCCUAGUGAGAAGUUUAAGAUCGGUGCUUCACAUCAGGAGUUCAAGAACUUUCCAAAUACUCGAAGAGUGACAAAUCAAAUGGUUUCAGUGUUUGAACAUCAACCACUUCCUUAUUCUCAGGACAAAAUUUAACUUAUCCCUCGGCAUGGCAAUAAAACACAAUAAAGAAGAUUAUUAAAGAAAAAGAAAAAAGAAAAAAGAAAAGAGUCUUGUAAAUGGUUUGGAGAAAGAAUAUACGUUCGGCUGCUCGAGUAAAUGUGAAGUGUAAAAUAUAGAGAGUAUAGUGACCAUUUGCUGUAGGUGCAAGGUUGAAUCUGUAUUUUGAGAGAUGGAGUAGUUGACACAAAACUGUUCUUCAGUAGGCAACUUGUAUAAUAUCCGGUUACAAGAAUUGUUUGUUGUAAGAAAAUUUUAGAUAGAAUAGAUUCAUAUUUUUUUUCU